AUGCCAAAGAGUUUCGAUUGUUUGACGAAGGCAGACACCAUUUACUGUGAUGAGGCGGGAUUCGAUGCUUUCAAGAUCCUCAUUGAUCCCAGGAAUCUGGAGUUUGUGGAAUGCCUCAAAACCUCGGAGGCAUCAUCGAUAUUUCAUGUCAACUACUCCUACAAACCGCGGGUCCUGAAAGUCUUCCACAAUAAUGGGGAUCCGGGAUACGCGUCCGACUGUAUUCGUGACUUAAACCGUGCUCGCUGCGAGAUAAGAGCUUACUGCCGUUUAAAACAGUUUGGAAUAUGCAAUACCGGCUAUGUACCAGAUUUCUAUGGUUAUAUGCCAACUAUUGAUCCUGCAAGAUAUGCUCCUCACCUCAACGAGUUCCUGCACGAUAUCAAUACCCCAUCUGCAAUUUUAAUCGAGUAUCUGCCAAAACCUCAGCCAUUGAACUGUGUCACUUACACACCAGAGCGUAUGCAUAAUGCUGUGUUGGGCAUCCAGCAAAUUCAUUCGGCUUUGGUUGAGCACAAUGAUCCUUAUCCAAAGAACAUCCUGAUCAUUCCGGGUGACCCUGAGAGAGUUAUGUGGGUUGAUUUUGAUGUUGCCAUUGUUUACCCUGUUGGAAAGAGGCAACGCCCAUGGCUCGAUCUCGAAACAGAGGUGGUUGAAAGUUUUGGUUCAUUGCUUGAAGAAGACCAGAGGAAGGGUCUCCCACCAAAUACAAGGUUCUACUAG